ACCUAGCCUGGUGCCCAGUCUAUCAUGGUUCAGUGGGGCGGGUCUUCUUCGGGGCUGACGGGGGGAAACUAUUAUAGAGCCCUGAAGACUUUCUGUCCCAACCAUGAUAGACUGGAUACCAGGCUAGCUUCCUCUCGGCCAUGCCGACUGGUUGUACUUCCCACUGCUAGGUGGCGCUGCAGUGACGGUCCCAAGCAUGACUGAAGUUGUUUAGGCGUGUAAUCACUUUUGCACUGUAGGCAGCAUAGUAUAGUAUAUUAGUAUGGCCUAAAUCCAGGGGUCAAAAGUGGACUUGGUAAAUGAUCACCUAGCUGUCAAACAAGCUUUUUGCAGUGGUCAUCAAGACUGACCAGUCUUUUACUUGCUAGGCGAAAACACGGUGUGGUGACGACAGUUUUUCCCCAGCUUCUGCUUGUAACCUUCUCCAACAUGAGUUCUGACAAGGUCGCUAUCGUCACCGGAGGUACCCGCGGGAUCGGCUACGGGACAGCCCAGGAGCUGGCCGGCGCAGGAUACAACCUCGUCCUGGGGUACAAGGAGAACCACCAGCGGGCUGAAGGCACCAAGGCCGAGCUGGAGGAGACGUACAAGGUGCGCGUGUUCCUGGUGGCAGGAGGGACGGAGGAAGAGGCCACCGUGGACGCCUACUUCGCCUGCGUCGAUGAGAACUUUGGCGGGAAGCUGACGGCGUUGGUCCACGUCGCCGGUGGUCAUUACGGCCCUCAGGGGCGGCCUCCCAAGCCAAAUGCUGACGGAAGCUGGUUCGCAGGCUGGGAGGCGUACGAAUACUACCAAAACAUCUACCCGAGGUGCUUCCUCCGGCUGGUGGAGAAGGCCGUGACACGCAUGGAGGACGGCCGCGGGUACAUCGUCGCCGUGUCCGGAGUCGGCUGCAACAACAACACGCCCCCAAGCCUGCCUUACUUCACCCCUGGCAUGGCUAAAUCCAGCAUGGAGUACAUGGUGAGGAACUACGCCAAGCAGCUGGCGCCCAGGCGGAUCACCUGUAACACCAUAGUCCCGGGAAUCAUCGACACAGAAGGAUGGACGCCGGUAAAGGAGAGGAUCGGGAACGACGGGAUGGAGGGUAUGAUCAACCGGCUCUGCGGGAUGAAGCGCUGGGGCACCCCGAGGGAAGUCGGCGGCGUGAUCGCGUUCCUCUGCUCGGAGAAGGCGUCCUUCAUCACCGGCGUGGCCAUACCUGUGGACGGAGCGUUCCAUCUCAAGUAGGAAAGCCGUAAAACAAGCCCCCACAGCAGGCUUAUCGGUCGGUGAUUUCAUAGAGCCAUUUUUAGAUGGCAAAGAGUAAUGUCGAAGUUUCAUUUUAAUGCGAUCCGUCAGAUGUAGCAAUCAGAAAAGGGAACAACAAUGAACCAAUUCAAAUUAGAGACAGAACGGAAAUAUUGACUAAUUGAGGCACCGACCAGGAAGUAUGAUGCACGGUGCAGUCAUGACACCCAAGGUCAACGAUGGACUCUUUAGAAUGUCCUUGAUAUAAACGACAAUAACGAAUAAUAGACACAUUGAUACAUGAUGUCAUACCUCUUCCCUGAAAUAAAUUUGUUAAUACCGUUAUUGAGCAUGUAGUCUUUUCAUUCCUCUCAAUAUGCUUCUGACGCUUCCGUAUUUUUAAGUGCACCUUAGCUUGGCGUG